UUCUAGCAUGCAUGCUUGUGUGUGUGUGUGUGUGUGUGUGUGCGCGCGCGCGCGUGUGCGUGUUUGUUUCCAACUUAUUUUGAAUGCUCUCCCUGAGAGAGAGUCAUGUGUGUAGAGUGUCAGAGGGGGUGAAAUCAAACUGGCUGCGUGAAAUCUGUGACUGAAACACAGUGUUCUCUGUGUCCAGCGAGAGGGAAAGAGAGAGACAGAACCUAUUAGAAUGAGGCAAGGACAAUCACGUUUAACCACAGUCUCAGGAAAAAGAAAACUAGAAAACUAUCAGGCCCCUGCAACGUUCUCUGCUCUGAAAACGAACCUUUAAAUGCACAAGCUCAGUGCUGAGAGAGAAUUGCUUGGAUUGGAACUCCCUCCGUGUACACAAACACUCUCUCUCUCUCACACACACACACACACACACACACACACACACACACACGUGCACACAGAGACUUCCCUGUUCCGUUUAUGCUUAGGGCACAAAUUGAAAGACUGAAAAGGUUUUUCUUUAAUAGCCCAGUAUGAACUCCAGACCGAAUGUGGCAUGCCUUUCUGCACUAUAAUGGAAAUAUAGCUCAUUUUGCAAAAAUAAAAACACCAAUACAUUGAAACUGGAAUUAGCAUAGUUUUUUUUGUGAAGAGGAACGAAGCCUGUGCGUGAUCAGCUCAGACUGUGAGUCACUGUGAACAAGUCAACAGGAGCGCUACACCAACAAAGGAGAACAUGACAUCGCAUGGAAAACUUAGAAAGGAAAAGGGAAGUCUGGCGGAGUAUGAGACACAAAUCAAAGAGGUCCGGGGUCAGCUCUCAGAGCAGCUAAAAAUCCUAGAUGCCCAGGUGGAGGUCAAGACACAGCAGCUGCAGGAUCUUAGCGAGUACCUGCGCAGACGGGGGGAGAUUGAGGCAGAGUAUGCCCGCUCUCUGGAGAAACUCAGCGAGAGGUUCACAGUGAAGACCAAGAGGAAGGAGCAGUUGGACCUGUCGGUGGCUCAGUGCUGGUCUGUUCUGCUGACCCAGACCAGGCAGGAGAGCCGAGAUCACAGUUCACUGAGUGAGCUUUGCUGCAACACACUCACGCAGCGGCUCUCACACUGCAUAGAGGACACACACCGCCUGGCAAAACGGAGCAAGGAGGUGGGACUCCAGAUGCAGGAUGAGCUCUUAAAAGUCACCACAGAGCUGCAGACGGCUUUGAAAACUUACCAUCAGUACCACAUAGACUGUUUGGCUGCUGAAGGUAAGCUCAAAGAGGCCACACGACUGGAGGAGAAACAGACGGGCAAGUCAGCUGAUCUCGGGCUCAGCCAAUCAGGAGGGCAGAGGCGCAGUUCUGUGAAAAAAAUGGAGAGACUGAUGGAGAAGAGACAAGGGAAAGUACAAGAAACUCAGCUGAAGUGCACUAAAGCUCGUAACGACUACUUGCUCAACUUGGCAGCAGCUAAUGCCUCCAUGAAUAAGUACUAUCUGCAGGACAUUUGCACUCUGAUUGAUUGCACAGAUCUGGGGUAUCACCUAUCUGUGUCUCGGGUUAUACGCGGUUACCUCUCCAACAGAAACCGAACUGUCCAGAAUAUGAAAAAUGGCCUUCAGCAGCUAGACACAGCGGUGACUGGACUCAACCAGGGCCAGGAUAGAGAUGCUCUGCUCCAGGCCCACAACAUGGCAUUCUGUCUGCCCUUACGCUUUCAGCACCAGCCCCAUGAAGGAGACCAGGUGACGCAUGAGAAUGACCAUCUGCAUUUAAAAGUGAAGGAGCAUAUAAGUGGCAGCUCUCUGACCUCGAAACUCCAAGUCAAGCAUGACCUACUUAAAGAGGCCAUACAGAAAGCUGAGGCCAUUGAUAGCGAUCCCUCCAGAAUGCAACCUGGUAGGGCAGUGCGUGUGCGGAAAGCCAGGCCCUGCUCCCAGUACAACCACAAACUCUUCUCUGGAGAUAUGCUCUCCUUCAUUCAGAGCUCUGGUCAACAGAUCCCCCUGGUGGUGGAGAGCUGCAUUCGCUUCAUCAACCUGCACGGUCUGCAUCAUGAAGGCAUUUUUAGAGUUCCAGGAUCACAGACUGAAGUCAAUCAUAUAAGGGAUGCCUUUGAAAGAGGAGAGGACCCGCUCACUGACAGCGAGAGUGACAUUGAUUCAGUGGCAGGGGUUCUGAAGCUCUAUUUCAGAGGUCUGGAGAAACCUCUGUUCCCUGAGGAGAGCUUUUGCCAGCUCAUGGAGUGUGUCCAGAUGGAAAACAUGACAGAAAAAGUAGCGCAGAUAAAGACAGUAGUCUCGUCCUUCCCCAGACCCGUCAUCAUAGUGAUGCGGUAUCUCUUCGACUUCCUUCAUCAUGUCUCUCAGUACAGUGAUGAGAACAUGAUGCAGCCGUAUAACCUGGCCGUGUGCUUCGGGCCCAGUCUGCUCAGAGGGGUGGAGAUGGGUGGUGAUGAAGUGACACUGGCACCUCAGAUCAAUGACCUUGUUAAGACCAUGAUCAUCCAUCAUGAGAACAUUGUCCCGGGCCCGUCCGAACUCCCGGGCCCCAUCUAUGAGAAAUGCAUGACUCUAGAGCAGGAGUACUGUGAGCCCAUCACAGAGGAGGGCGAGGGAGACGCUGAACAUCUUCCCAGCGAAGAUGAGUGGGAGGCUGUGGCCAUGUUUGAUUAUGUUGCACGUUCUACAGCCGAGCUGUCAUUCAAGCAGGGUGACCACCUCCUACUACACAGCAAGGCCUCUGCUGAUUGGUGGAGAGGGGAAGCAGGAGGAGUGAAAGGCUUGAUCCCCCAUAAGUACAUCAGUGUGGUAGAAGGGGCAGAGCGUAAAGAACGAGGGAAGAAGGAGGACAGCAGAGGAGGCAGCACAGGAAACCUAUCAGAGGAACAGCAGCUGACUGAACACAGCACCCGUUUGAGAGUGAACAGUGACAGCGCGUCGUUGCCCGGCCGGCAGAGGACAGGCAGUGGAGGCAGCAGCAUAGGUGGAGGCAACAAUGGGAGUGGAAGCCCCAUCCGGAAGAUCCUGCAGGUGGCCGAGGGACGAUUGAUCCUUCCUCCUCAGACAACUGCAGUUGCACGGCAAUUCUCAGGUCAUCAGGAGCGCAGACACACUUUAGACACUCUGAGGCCAAUAGGAGGACCAGCAGACAGACAGACAGUACAUAUCGACAAGGAGGUCAGUCGUCAGAUGAAUUCCGUGUUUAAGGAGCUGUUGUCCCGUCAUCCUCCUCUGGAAGCCUCGGGUUCGAACCCUCCUCCUUCCUCUCCUCCCGCAUCUGUCCCUUCGGUGCCCUCCGCUGCCACUCGACCUCCGGUGAAGAAGGGAGGCUUCGGCCUGCGCAGCAGAGGUCUCUUCAAACCCCAAGACCAACAGGACUGAGGGAGAUGAAGGGAUGAUAGACUAGUGAAUCUGAGUAUGGGUGUUGGGGGAACGGCAAACUCAUCACAGAUAUUAAUAUAUUUUUCCAGACAUACAAGAUAUGGUUCUCUUUAUGCCUUAUUAACUAAAGUGUAUUCAAAAAGAUUUCAGUUGACAGUGGCUAAAUAUGGUUUUGUUUUGCGUAAGACCAUCAUUGAUCCUAUUAUUGGUUGUAUUUGUGUUUUAGCUUUGAAAACUGUUAAUCUGGCCAUCAUUCAAGAAUCUCCCACUUCCUAUCUAAUCAUUCAUCGCAGUGAUGUCCAAUGUGUCUGAUGUUUUUGACUGUAGUGUAGACUGUGUUCAUUUGGAGAAACAUAAGUAUCUGCUGAUGAUGCUGAGUCCCUCAAAGCACAUAGAUUCGAAUGGACAAGUGAACUGUGGGAAUGAAGUCCAUGACAGACAGAGUCCACAUUGUUAUUUUAGACAUAGACGUGUCACCCUGAAUGUAGCAAGAGAUUUAUGAAGGCCACUGUUACUCUCAGAGCUUCAUUAUUAGAGAGAUUAUAUUUUGUUUUUGUUUUUUAAUGCUUUUUUAAUUGCUUUUUGAUAUUAUGCAUAGCUCAAAUAGUUCAAGGUACGACAUGAUGAAUAUUAAAAUGCUCCAGUUUUCCUUUUUUAGAAGACUCAUUUAGGGAUUAUUUGCUAUUUAUUUUUUUUGCAUUCAAUUGCAUUACUAUUUUUACAAUUAUUUGCAUUACAA